AUGGUGGCUAAGCGCAGGAAGGCUAGAACUCGCCAUGAGGAAAAGGUCGAAGAGCCCGAGUUGAAAAAGCAGAAGGCUACACAGGGUAAAGAAGAGGUAAAGCCGAAUAUAGAAGAACAGGAGCCUCAGGAGACCUCUAUUGAUGAUAAAGAAGAUUUAAAAGAGCAAGAAUUGGAAUCAUCAAACGCGGAACAGAGUGCGGAGAAGACAUUAGCGAAAGAUGAGUCCAACGAGAUUAAAAAAGACCAAGAAGAAACUCCAAAAGAGGAAGCAGCACAGGAAAAACCCGCUGAUGAAGUCAAAGAGAAUCAUAUUGAAGAGCUUAAACAAGAGCCUGAAGUAACAGCAGUGACACAUGAAGUUAUUGAGGACGAAAACAAUGGCAUUACAAAGUUUGAGUUUGAUGGAGUUGAAUACAAGUUCAAAGAAAGGGCCAGUGUCAUCGAAGAGAGAGAGGGAAGAAUCGAGUUUCGAGUAGUGAAUAAUGACAAUACGAAGGAGAAUCUGAUGGUUUUGACCGGUCUCAAGAACAUAUUUCAGAAACAAUUGCCCAAGAUGCCGAAGGAAUACAUUGCUAGAUUGGUCUACGACCGCAGUCAUUUGUCCAUGGCUGUGGUUAGAAAACCGUUGACCGUGGUCGGUGGGAUUACGUAUCGCCCGUUUGAGAAACGAGAAUUUGGAGAAAUUGUGUUCUGUGCCAUUAGUUCCACCGAGCAGGUAAGAGGGUAUGGUGCACAUUUGAUGAAUCAUUUGAAAGAUUACGUGCGAAAUACAACCAGUAUCAAACACUUCUUAACAUACGCCGAUAACUAUGCCAUUGGAUACUUUAAGAAACAGGGUUUUACAAAAGAGAUAACUUUGGAGAAAAGCAUAUGGAUGGGUUACAUCAAGGAUUAUGAAGGUGGUACUUUAAUGCAAUGUACUAUGCUGCCGCGAAUACGAUACCUGGAUGCGGCUAAGAUUCUGCUUUUACAAGAAGCUGCAUUAAGGCGGAAGAUAAGAACCAUUUCCAAAUCGCAUAUAAUCAGGCCUGGUUUGAAAGUCUUCAAGGAUGUUAAAAAUAUUAAACCUGUGGAUCCAAUGACCAUUCCGGGACUGAAAGAAGCAGGUUGGACUCCUGAAAUGGAUGAGCUAGCACAAAGGCCCAAGCGAGGACCACACUAUGCCUCGAUGCAAAACAUUCUCACUGAGCUACAGAACCACGCAGCCGCAUGGCCUUUUCUUCAACCUGUUAAUCGAGAAGAAGUUCCAGAUUAUUACGAUUUUAUCAAAGAACCGAUGGAUCUAAGUACUAUGGAGGUUAAGUUGGAGAAUAACAGGUAUGAAAAGAUGGAAAAUUUCAUUUAUGACGCAAGAUUGAUCUUUAACAAUUGUAGAAUGUACAAUGGUGAAAACACAUCGUACUUCAAAUACGCCAACAGGUUGGAAAAAUUCUUCAAUAGUAAGAUCAAAGAAAUACCAGAAUACUCACAUCUUGUGGAUUGA